AUGACGCACCAUGUUGGCCAAUCAGAAACCGCGUGUGCCAAAAGGCCAUCCUUGCAGGGGCCGGUGCCUCCCCCUCGCAAAAAGACGACUCCUAAACCUGAGCUGACUGAGGAGCAGAAGCAGGAGAUCAGGGAGGCCUUUGAGCUUUUUGACACCGAUGGCGCUGGAUACAUUGAUGUGAAAGAACUCAAGGUUGCCAUGAGAGCUUUGGGGUUUGAACCAAAAAAGGAGGAAAUAAAGAAGAUGAUCGGUGAAGUGGAUAAGGAUGGCACAGGGAAGAUCUCCUUUAGCGAUUUUUUCAGUGUCAUGACACAGAAAAUGGCCGAGAAGGAUUCCAAAGAAGAGAUACUGAAAGCUUUCCGUCUGUUUGAUGACGAUGAGACCGGUAGGAUCUCUUUCAAGAAUCUUAAGAGAGUCGCGAAGGAGCUCGGAGAAAACCUUACAGAUGAAGAGCUGCAAGAAAUGAUUGAGGAAGCGGACAGAGACGGCGAUGGGGAAGUGAACCAGCAAGAGUUCCUGAGGAUUAUGAAGAAAACCAGUCUGUACUGA